CGGCGGCCAACACCAACACCACCACCACGGUCACCACUCCCACCACUACCACUACCACGCGGCAACCGGGCAGGGGGCGAUCCAGUUAUUCUGUUGUAUAGUAUUGUACUGUACAGUAUAGUAUCUUCGAUGCUUGACGACGACGACGAAGGGACAGGACGAGCCAACUCUAUUUCCCGUUUGCCCCCGAUCUUGGAGCUCAGCCUCUGAGCCUCGCUUCCGAUCCCGCCUCUUGGACCCCUGGGUCUUGCGAUCUUCCUCUUCGCUGUGCUGUUGUCGCUGCUGCUCCUCCUCCUCCAGCGCGUCACCUGUUGAUGGUCUUGGCCCUGUCCAUCAUCGCGACUCUUGCUUUGCUCUCAGUGGCAGUUGCAUCGCCGUCGCAUCGUGUCGCGACCCCUGGUCCUGGGUUCUGCCCCUCUUGCACGCCUUUGCUCCCCCUGCCACGCCCUGGCUUUGGCUCCUCUUGAUCUUCCUUGCCCAGCGCCAGCACUUCGACUUCCUCCGUGACCCAGGGUCGCGUCCCCCUGGUCGCCUGUCCUUCUUCCUGACUUUGCUUUGAGGCUCCAUAAAAAUUUCUAAUUAAAAAACAACAUGGCUCAAGAAGACCAUGGGCAGAGUCACGGUGACUCUCCCAAUAAUCCUACAAUUUCUACUCCGACAUCGACGUCUCCUUCUCUAGCUCCCAUAGUUACAUCUGUCACCGCUCCUCCAGCUUCCAACACGAGUGCUGGACCUCUCAACACUGCUGCUGCCGAGACGACACUCCCGCCCAUCACCGAGCUUGCUCCAGUGCCGUUCACGGCUGCGGACCGCCCGACCGCCUCGACGACCGCUCUAGUUCCCACCUCUACACCCGCCGCAUCCUCCGAAUCCGAACCAUUCGCCGUCUCUUCUUCCGUGCCGACACUCACGCCAGCCUCGGCUCCUGCUGCUCCUGCCGCUCCGCCCGCGGUUCCUCAGCAGAACGGCGACAGCAGGGCCCCCGAGGCUGCUUCGACACCCACGUCCAACUCGGAAAUGUCCAACCAGCAUCCAGGACUACCUCAUGGUCAGCAUGUGAGCUAUCCGGGCUCCUCGAUGCCUUAUGCGUCCUCGGCAGGCCCAUCAGCCGCCCAAUAUGCCCCUUAUCCUGUAGUCACGAGUCAAGCAACGGAGCCAUACAGACCGAGUCCUAUGCCUGUCAGUAUGCCGCUGCCUAGCAUGAGGACAAUCGAAAACCCACAUGGGCCUCCGGUGUCGAAUCCGCAGGGCAUGCCAAUGAACAUGCAUAUGGCGCCCACGUCAGGCGGUGUGCCAUUCUAUAGCCACCAAGGCAUGCCAAUGACAAGCUACGGUCUUCCCGAUUCUAUGGCUCGUUAUGCUAUUCCUCACGAUCCGCGGCUUCUGGGCCAUAGGGGACCGAAGAAGGAGAUUAAACGUCGGACAAAAACAGGCUGUCUGACUUGCAGAAAACGUCGUAUCAAGUGCGACGAAACACACCCGACUUGCAACAACUGUAAAAAGUCGAAGCGCGAGUGUCUCGGUUACGACCCCAUUUUCAGACAACAAGCGGGUGGACAAUCAUCUUCUAAUAUCCAGCCCGCGCCCAGCCAAAGAACUCCCCCCACAGUUCCAAGCUCUGUGCCUUCAACUGUCCCCUCGUCGAUAGCGCCCAACCCUGCCCUUACCGCUCGACCUACGAACUCAUACGGCAGCCAGCCGUCUAUGCUCCCAAGCUCGUACGCAACAGCUCACGCGACAACAGCAAGCCCUAACCCGUCCAUUACCUCGCUUAGCUACGACUCGAGUUUUUCCAACGUUGCAUCUCCUCCUGUCAAAUCUGAGUCGACAUACGAGUAUCCGCCCGCAAUCGACCCAGCCCUUCAAGGAUUCUCGUCAACCUCAAACGCAGAAAGCUCUAGAGCGGUUGAACAAAGGCCUCUUGCUGACAACAACCAACAUCUUAGAGCCAACAAAAUGAAGAUUGAUGAAAUUAUCGAUCUCCUGGGCACAGUUCCUACGUCCCAGAACAUAGCCCACACUGAGGGGACUCACAAUGAAAUCACCAAGGUGUAUCAUGAAAUGUACGCACCUGGGCUUGCCUCUUUCUUCGAAUCCGGGUGGUACCACUUUACAGAAAAUGGAUCACCUUCGUUUCCUAGAAGCCAGCGUCUCGUCGAAUUAAUGGCAUCUUUUCUCAAGGCUUUGGAGGCUGUAAAGGUCAACGAUCAAACCCAGAUGGCUUACUCUGGUAUUCUUGAGACGCGCCUUGUGUGGGAGCUUGCGCGAGCAGCAUACGACACUCCCACUGCAGCUUCUGCUAUCAGUACCACAACACUGCCGCACGAUGGUGAUGCGAAAGAGACCCAAAACCGUGUCCGAGUUGUUGAGGCACUUUUGUGUGGAGACUAUCUAUCAGUCAACCCACUCUGCCCACCAAUGCAAGACCCUGACAGUUACCGAACUCGACAAUUUGAUUUCUGGUACAGCCUGGCUGAGUUCGUGCGUACGCGGGAGGAUCCCAAUGGUCCAUCUGCCGCCAAGUCUAGGGAGGAAAUGCUUUCGAGAAUGCGCUAUCUACUUGAUGGUCGUGAGAACCGUGAUGUUCUCUACUCGAUUGCAGUUGUUCGAGAACUUGCUCCCCACUUCGAUUCUCCUUACGGCAACGCUGCUCCUCAACAUGCCGACGAGAGUGACCCCAAGAACAGACUCUCAGUUGCAUCCAAGUUCAUUUACGAUGAGUCUCAGGUCACAGGUGGAACUACCAACGUCGUGCGACGUCUAUGCGACAUUGCAUACAGAGCCUUCGUCAAUCCAGGUGUUAAUAUUGCUCGGAGACCUUGAUCUGAUUUUGUUGGUGUUUUCGGGGUUGGUUCCAAAUUCCAUCUUUCACAAUUCGGCCAUAGCCAUAAUUUCCUUUGUCAGUAACACAAUAUGACCUUUUGGUCGUUCUUCACAUUUCCUAACAAAAGCACUGUUCAUCACUACAAAGCGGGAUGUCGUUCGUUGCAUCUUCUGGGGCAUGGCGAGGGGUUUAUUAAAAGUCUAUUAUUGUUCGUUUUGGUCUGUUUGCGGCGUUUUCUUCCCCAAGGGGACAGUGAGGCAUUGUCUUUUUUUUUCUUUAUUCCCCCUUUGUUCAUAACGGCCUACAUCAUUCGAUCUUGGUCGCGGCGUUUGCAAAAACAAUGGCCCCUAUGGUCUAAAUGUAUACCUUAAUGCUCCUGCGGCUCGGCAGUGAGGGAGAAGAAGAGAUAUAGAUUUCGGCAUCAAGGGAUCGGUAGAGACCUGACACGGAGUGGAUCAUAUAGGAAACAAAGGAUACCAAUAAGCUAGCAUGGGUCUUCCAUAGCGGCAUGCUCUGUUUUGCCCGGUUUGAUAUUCGAUAUAAGGCAUUCAACUUGGCGCGGCGAGGGCAUAAGGUUCAGCUUGAUUGGUCUUGGUGAAAGGCGGCCAUACGAGAGCCCUUUUUUGUAUGACUGGGAUCUCGUCAAAACGGGCCAUUGUCUUGUUCAUCUAGGAGAAGUCAUGGCGCUUAGCAUAUAAUAAUGGUUACAAUAAUUAAAUAUUACUUAUUAUAUCAACCAGCAGGUGCUGAAACACUAAUUAAUCUGUAGUUGUCAGUGG